AUGGUGCGUCCCGCUUCGGAGUAUUGGGAGCAUGUCAAGAAGAUUAAGGAUGCAGACGAGCGGGUAUUCGGUGCAACCUGCAUCCAUUGCACACUUCCUGUGACGGCUAAUGCGACUAGGAUCCGCGAGCACAUAUUCGGCACUAACAAGAAGGAUAAAAACGUCGCGAUGUGCAAGUCGGACUACGCUAAGCAGCGGCGGGCGACAGCCGAUCAGGAGCGCUCAUCCACGGGAAAUGGUUCGGGUGGUACGGGAGGAUCAAACCGUGCCUCCACGUCCACGGUGGAAACGACGCCCGCGCGUCGCUCUCGGCAGCGAGAUAUCCGCGAAAUGACGGAUGAAGUUGCGCAGACUCGGCUGGAUUACCUGUGGGCUGCUGCAGUUGCCGAGAACGACCUCGCCUUCAACGUCAGCAAGUCGAAGUCGAUCCAGGCGUUCGUUGACGCGGUGAUCGUGUACGCGAAACCGUACACCCUCCCCACCCCGUACAAGGUAUCCGGCCCGCUGCUCGACAAGCUGAAGGCGGACUCGGAGGACCUUGUGCGGCCGUUGAAGGACAGUUGGAAGACAAGCGGGUGCACGCUCUCAAUCGAUGGGUGGACGUGCAUCAAAUCCCGCGGUUUGGUGUGUGUGAUCGCGCUGAAUGACACUGCACCCGUCAUCGUCGACAUCGUCGAUUCGAAGACCGCAAGGAAAACCGGGGACUACUUGGCGGGUCUAAUUGAUGGAGCGAUCAAGACGGUGGGGCCGAAGCAUGUCGUCCAAGUCGUGAUGGACAACGCCUCGAACAACAAGAACGCCGCCAACAAGCUACGCGUGGAGUAUCCGCAUAUCUUCUUCACCAACUGUGCCGCCCACUGCCUAGAUCUCAUGUUGCACGACAUCGGCAACAUCCCGGCUGUUAAGCGCGUCCUUGCUCAGGUGCACAGCGUGGUGAUGAUGAUCAAAGGCUCCGCUUCGGCCGUCGUUUUGUUCCGUGAGCUUUUUACCAAGCUCUCGUUGGUGCGGCCGGGUGCAACGAGAUUCGGCACCCAGGUCAUCAUGCUCGGCAGGUUCCUGGAGGUGAAGCGCGCGUUGAGGGCGAUGGUUGUCAGCGAGGAGUGGGAUGAUGUGGCGGUGGCACGGACGGAGGAGGGGAUGGAGGUUAGGAAGCUGCUUUUGGAUGAUGUUUUUUGGGACUGUGGGACGGCCGUGUUGCGCCUCAUGACUCCGGUCUACGAGGUUCUUCGCGCCGUUGACACACGGGCUCAACUCAUGGGGCAGCUGUACGGCCUCAUGCUUGAGGCCACGGUGAAGACGACUAAGGCGGCCGAGGAGGCUGCCGCACACUUCAUCAAGCGGACGGGUCUGCUACUGCACAAGGACAAGAGCACCUUUCUCACCGCCAUCAAGUCGAUCAUAGCCAGGAGGUGGGACGCUCAACUGCACAACCCACUGCACGCCCUCGGUUGGCUUCUCAACCCCCGUAACCAGUACAUCGCGGAGGUAAGGAACGAUCCCGAGAUUAGGAAGGGGACGGAUGAGGUAAUCCAAGCCCGUGGGGGGGAUGUGCAGCAGCGCGUAACCCUAGCUGCACAGGUGGCUCAGUUUCACCGAGGGGAGGGCAGGCUGGGCUCUCACGAUGCCCGUUGGGCAGCAACGACCUUGGUGGCGGCGGGGCGCAUGACGGAUGCGGAAUGGUGGUUCCUGUUUGGUGGGGAUGUGCAGGCGCUCCAAGACCUGGCUGUGACGUCACUCUCACAGCCAGUCACCUCCUCCGAGGUGGAGCGCUAUUGGUCGGCGCUGGCACGUGUGCAGAGGCGCGACCGGAACCGCCUCACGGCGCAGAAGAUGACUGACGUCACCUUCGUCGCCUUCACCCGGCGGGCCCGUGAUGCCUUUGAUCGAAAGGCAGCCCUGCGUUCCAAGCUCUAUUCGGACCUGGGCAACGGCACCCUCAGGGAAGGGGCUGCCAUCAUCCCGGCCGAAGUGGAGGAGGAGGAAGGGGAUGCUGAAGAAGAGGGACAAGUGGAGACUGACGUGGCAGCCUUCCUGCUGCUCCACGUGGACGCCCUGGGUGACGUGGCACAGCGCACAGUGGAGCAGCUAGGCCUCGCAGACCCGCUCUUCCCGCCCCUCGCUAUAGUGUCGGGCAUCACAGUCACUGACGCGCUCAGGCUCAUGCAGCACGCUGGUGGCGUGAGAGCAGUGGCGGUGGUGGUGGGGAGUGCGGAGGAGGAAGAGCGGAUGGAUGAGGGCGAGGGGUCUGGAGCUGCUGCUGGUGCUGCCUCUGCUGCUGCUGCUGACGUGGCAGGAGGAAGGGGAGGAGGAGGGGUUGGGGCAGGGAGGGGGAGGGAGCGGGGAGAAGCAGGGUGGGUGAGGGGAGGGCGGCUGCUGGGGACUCUGUCGGUGUCGGAUCUUUGGGGCAUGGACGCCGAGACACUAGCGCAGCUCACUUCCAUGAAGGGUCGGCGCCCGUCCAUCACGUGUCGCAUGCCUGCCCCACUGGCGGAGGUGAUGGCGCUGGCAGUCACCAACCGCGUGCACCGCGUGUGGGUCACCGGGGAGGACGACGAGCUCUUAGGGAGACGAUGGAAGGGCGGGGCACGAACUAGUGGUUGGAUGGCGGAGAAUGAAUGGGCGGAGGUGAUGGCGCUGGCAGCCACCAACCGCGUGCACCGCGUGUGGGUCACCGGGGAGGAGGAUGAGCUGCUAGGUGUGGUGUCGUUGACUGAUGUCAUCUCUGCUUGCAGACGGGCGGGUGGGCAGCGGUAG